CGAAAACAUACAUUUACAUGACUUUUCUAGGUAUAUAAAUCACACUUUUAAGUAAAGAGUAUUAAAGUUAACCACAAUUGACUGGUGAAGUUCUUAUAUAUUGAAUGAACACUAUAAAUGCAUCCACUUUAUUCAAAAUAUCACUCACUCAACACACUUGUGGCUGUGAACGACAGACACACAUCCUGUGUUUAAUCUGCUUUAAGCCUUUGAAGUGGACUAAACCACUGGAAGAUUAGACUCGAUUGGAAAUGCACAAGUGUAAUCCCUUUUCUGCCAUCUUCACCAAGUGCUACUCUUCUGUUGUCAUCUGUUGUCUUCUGUUUAAGUUCAUUUUGUUAAGGUACCUGCCAACCAGAGAUGUGAAACUGCUGUGGAUCAUGAGAGAACUAAUGGCUUUGGGUCUUUGGGAACAUGUUCUUUAACAACAUGGAAAGGCUUUAGAUGAGCUAUGCCAUGUAACAGAAUCAUCUUAAAGUGGGAGGUCUGGCCCUCUUCUGUGGUACAGAGCAUUUGGCUUUCUCCCUGCUUGAUGUGGGGACAGCUACGGCAUCUUCUCUUGGCCUGUCAGCACGACGGGGGUUACUUAGCGACAGGAAGUUAUGAAAAUGAGGACCAGAAUGAUAAUACGGAGGACAGAUCAAAGGAUCCCAUAUCCUUUCAGCCCAUGGGAUCAGAGCGGAUGGAGAUGCGAAAGAGGCAGAUGUCGGUGCAGCAAGAGUCGGUGGCGGGCACCACAGCACCGGCACAGAACGAGCAGCCUGGCCAGGGGAACCGUGGCUCCAACGCCUGCUGCUUCUGUUGGUGCUGUUGCUGCAGCUGCUCCUGUCUCACUGUUAGGAAUGAAGACAGAGAAGAGAGGAACCGGAGAGCCUCGUAUGAUCUUAAAGCAGAGGGGAAUGCAGACUUCGAGGAAAGUCUGAAACCGACUGCGGAGGAGGUCCUCUUAUGGGGGCAAUCUUUCGACCAACUGAUGCACUGCCCCGCUGGAAGAAGUGCCUUCCGGCAGUUUCUGCGCACUGAGUUCAGUGAGGAAAACAUGCUCUUCUGGUUAGCCUGCGAGGAAUUCAGUAAGGAAACCAAUAAGAGCGUCAUCGAGGAGAGAGCACGGAUAAUAUACGAAGACUACAUCUCUAUCCUUUCACCCAAAGAGGUGAGCCUCGACUCUAGAGUUCGAGAGGUUAUAAACAGGAACAUGUUGGAGCCAACAUCCCACACGUUUGACGAUGCCCAGCUCCAGAUAUACACACUAAUGCAAAGGGACUCAUAUCCGCGAUUCAUGAACUCGCCGGUCUACAAAAACCUGAUCAAGACAGUCUCUGAGCAGUUGGUGGAAUCUUAGAUCUCUGUGAUCCCGGGUUGAAUGCCCCAUCUUUUGGUUGUUACCUUUUCUUGUGUAGAAUAUGUUUAAAAGGACCUCAGCGAGGGUCUUCCCAGGGAUUUUACUGCUAUAGCGAUCUGUACCUGAAAAAAAGACACUCAGGUCUCCAGGUCACUGGAUUAAAAAAAAAAAAAAAAAUGUCUCAAAUUUCCUGAGGGCUCAACACCACAAGUACUGCUACAGAUCAGCAUAGCAAACGAUGCUCCAAAGGAUUAUCAGUGCGUUUAGAUGUUUUAAAGAAUUUUAAAUUUAAAUUUUAUUUGUGUUGAAGGGUUGUUUUUAUUAAUUUUUUUUAUAUCAAUGUUCGAAGGAAGAUGUGAUACCAAUCGUGGACUAUAUACAGUAGAUAUAUUUAUGAAUUUAUCUUACAUUCCUUCAGCCUUUUUUUUUCUCUCGUGUUAUAAUAUUUAAAGAAGAGGGAAUUAUGGGGCAACAAGUAUUGCCUGAAAAAUGCGUAUGAGAAUCAAAGCUUAAGUCAAGGCAACACUUCACAGGAGCAGUCUGUUGUAAACAGUAUUGUUUCAGCUACUUUAUCAAAUACUCCCUAUUAUAAUGACUUGGCAUCUCCAAUGAGAAAUCAUCAUUAUUUCCUAAAGAAAAACUCCUAAAAACUGUAAUUAAAGAGAUAAUUGUUUUAAGCAGAAAUAUAUUCAAUUAAAAAAAGGUUGAACUGUAUCAUGGAUAAGAAAUAACUAUUAUCAUAAUGCAUAUAUCAGACAGCUUAGUAAAGUUAUUUUCUCUGCCUUAUGUACUGCUUGAAAAUAUCAAGAAUUUAUUUACAGAAAUAUCAUGAAUCUAUAAGUGUUUUUCUGUAUCAUAGCAUUAAUUUAUUCCUAGCCACAUUGAGAACGAGCAGCUAAGAGUUGGUUGGGCAUGGCAACAGUUCCUUGCAUGUACUCAACCCAAAGACACUAUGAAGACUGAAAGCCUCAUCUGUGUACAGUAUAUAGAGGAAGUAUUAUUUUUAUUAAUGACCUUGAAUAGAAGAGAUUUAACCUGCAGGUAUUAUACUACAGUAUCAAAUGUGCUGUAUUUCUAAACAUGAGCACUGAAUGGGAAGGUGCAGGUUUUAUUGCUAGGACCCUCAGAAGUAGAUGACACCAAAGUAGCCAAGUUCAGUAAAACUGUGUGAUUAGCUUUCUCUCCAAUAAAACUGACUAGAAUUGGAGCUGCCAAGUUCUUACUAUAUUUUUAGUUCUGUGAAUUUACUUUGUUGCCUGACUCUCAUGUCACUCAAAGACAAGAUCCUCACUCGGGGAAGUGCCUUGACAUUCAAUUUUGUGGCAUCUCUUUUUUGGCAAUAGUUGAUUUAAACUCUUGCCACAUACAGUAUGUAGACUCUGGGCCUUUGAUCAAUUCACCAGAUGACUUGUCCUGCACUGUGACGUCUGAAUUGAACGAUUACACUUCAUAUGCCUCUAGUUUUGGAGCAAAAAACACCAUUGGUUUUGUCAAAUGCUGAAGUCGCACAUUUAAGAAAGUGGGUCUGUUUGCCAGUUAGUCAGGUACAAUUCAUUAAGAUUAUUGAUCUGAGUCCAGACAUACAUCUACCAACAUGUAUUUCAUGGUGGUGCUUCUACUUGUCUUAGGCUAACUUAAUAUGAAAUGUGCAAUUGAUAUGUGCAAUUUGAGCUGAUGGAUUCACCACAUAGAUCAACCUCAAAAACAAUCUAAGCCAAUGGUUUGGAGUUAUACUGCCUAUGAAUCUUUUUUUUUCUUUCUCUCUCUCUCUCUCUCUCUCUCUCUCUUUUUUGUUGUUGUUGUUCUGUAACGUAUACAAAAACAAGUGUUAUUUUCCAAUCAGUUUACAUACAAAUUAUUAUACAUUUUUUAAUUAAUAAUAUGUGAAUGUUUACAGUAAUCAGAUUCGUUUUUUGUUUUUGUUUUAAUGAAUUGAGAAAAAUAAUGAUUUGUGGGCAUUUGGAAUCUUUAAGAUACAAUAAAGCACAAUAAUUUUAAAA